UUGUACGCGCAUAUACUUCCUCGUCGGAGCUUUACGGCAGUGUGGCGGGGAAGGGAUAUGCGAAGAUGGCUACGACUGUGUCGCCCUUCAGCGGAGUCCUGCAGUUGACGGACCUGGACGACUAUAUCGGGCCCUCGCAAGAUUGCAUAAAACCCAUCAAAGUUGAGAAGAAGCUUGGGAAAGCAGCAGCAAAAAUCCACAUUGAAGAUGAUGGGACUUACAUUCAAGUUGACAAGGACGGAGGGUCACAAAAGCUUGAGAAGGCCAAAAUCACCCUCAAUGACUGCUUGGCAUGUAGCGGCUGCAUCACGUCUGCGGAGAGUGUCUUAAUCACACAGCAGAGCCACGAGGAACUCCUCAGGGUCUUAAAUACCAAUAAAACGUCAGGUUCUGCUUCCCAGAAGCUGGUGGUGGUGUCCGUAUCUCCCCAGUCCCGAGCUUCGCUGGCGGCAAAGUUUUCACUGACUCCUUUAGACACAGCCAAGAAACUGGUGUCUUUCUUUAAAAGUUUAGGGGUGCAUUAUGUCUUUGACACAACUUUCUCAAGGAACUUCAGCCUGCUGGAGAGCCAGCGUGAGUUUGUGCAGCGCUUCCGGAGGCAAAAGGAAGACAAGAAGGCUUUGCCUAUGUUGGCUGCUGCCUGCCCAGGCUGGAUCUGUUAUGCCGAAAAAACCCACGGGAGUUUCAUCAUCCCUCAUGUCAGCACGGCCAAGUCUCCCCAGCAAGUGAUGGGCUCCCUCGUCAAGAGGCACUUUGCCAAACAGCAACACUUGACACCUGACCAGAUCUACCACGUGACAGUGAUGCCUUGUUACGACAAGAAGUUAGAAGCUUCCAGACCUGACUUCUUUAUCCAAGAGCACCAGACCCGUGAGGUUGACUGUGUGAUUACUACAGGAGAAGUUGUGAAGUUGCUGGGCCAGGAGAAGGUAACCCUAUCAGAAGUGAAUCCUGCCCCUUUGGAUAGCAUGUUUAGUGGUGUGUCUGAAGAGGAGCAGUUGCUCGGGCACUCUGGAGGCGGUUCUGGGGGCUACCUGGAGCACAUCUAUAAAUAUGCCGCAAGGGAUCUCUUCGGUAUUCAAGUGGAAGAGGUUCGCUAUAAGGCACUGAAAAACAAGGACUUACAGGAAGUGACGCUGGAGAAGGAUGGCAAAACCCUCUUGCAUUUUGCCCUGGCAUACGGAUUUCGGAACAUCCAGAACUUGGUGCAGAAACUGAAGCGGGGGAAGCUGCCGUAUCACUACAUCGAGGUGAUGGCUUGUCCUUCAGGCUGCUUAAAUGGAGGGGGCCAAAUUAAAGCAGAAGGAGAGCCCAGCAAGGAUCUUCUCCAGAGGGUGGAGAGGCUGUACGAAUCGGUCCAGCCUGAAAACCCAGAGCUGAACGGAGCCGUACAGGCACUCUACAAGGAGUGGCUGGGUGGUCCUGCUUCGGAACAGACUCGAGACAUCCUGCACACAGGGUAUCACGCAGUGGAGAAGUCAAGCGCCACCUUGAAUAUCAAGUGGUAAAGAUGGCUGGGAGUGCUCUUGGCACAGAAGGUGUCACAAUCAUGCCCUCUUGAUUUCCUUUCACUCUCCAAAGUGGUUGCUGGAAGGACAGAGACUGUUCAUAGGUGGCAAAAUAUGUAGCAAAUCCACCUUUGGUACCAAAGACUGGAAUAGAAAUGAUUACGGACAGAGGGUUUGGCUUUAAGAAGAGCUGUGUUCAUCCGUAUACCCUUGCCUUCCCUCCAGCUUCUGACACCCAUGACUGUUGGCCGUCCUGGCAGCAUCUGAAGUCCAAUGAUAUCUGGGGGGCAUGUUACAUGUUGCUGCCAUAAACAAUUGUCCUAGAUCAAGAUCUAUUUCCCCAUACCUCACAAUGCAAAGGAAAACACAAUACUAACAGAUGCUACUUGAGUGAUUGUCACAGGGGCCAGACAGUCAGCCUCUUGCAGAGCUUCAGUUGGAAACCACCUGUUUUGUGGCUUGCUGCAGGUUAGGGGUUCUUGGAUGUCUGCCUGAAAGGGGGCUGGAACACAUUCUUGGGGUUCCAAGUAUGUACAGUGGUGCCUCGCAAGACGAAAAUAAUCCGUUCCGCGAGUCUCUUCGUCUAGCGGUUUUUUUGUCUUGCGAAGCAACCCUAUUAG